AUGUCGUCCGUACCCUCAAAAUUAAAGAAAACUCACGCCAAACCGCCGCGAGGACGACCCGCCGCGACGGACUCGCUCUCGCAGCCUGCGGUCGCGGACCACUCAGCACUAACCUACCUAUCAACCUUCUCUCCGAGAGGAGACCUCUUUGCACUCCUGUCUCUUGCGGUUGACAAGCAUCGUCUACGCGUCUAUGACACCGUGUCGAGACAGUCUAUCGCUGAGCAUGUCGUGGACACGGCUCGUGUUACCUCUCUCUGCUGGGCGAGUCUUGACCUCUCCGAGUCGCAGCAGUAUCCUUCAGAAGACCCAGAGUCUUCUCAGCAGAAAAAGCGGAGGCGGAGGAAACGCCACAGCCAAGUCGCAGCCGACUCUGAAGGAACCGCACCUUCUCAAGUGGUCGUUCUUGGGCUCUCUGAUGGUACACUCUCGCUAUUUUCCAUCACUCACGGGCGGCCUGUGCGUACGCUAUCUCAUAGCUCAAGCUCCUCAGCCAUCGUGGCCGUUGCCGUUGACGAGUCCACAAGCCAUCUUUCACCGUUUGUGUGGACCUCUGGCGCCGACGGCUUUGUUCGUCUCUGGGAUGCCUCAAAAAAUGUUCUCAUGAGCAGUUGGGCUAGUGAUGAGCGAAUACCCCAUACCUCCAUGGCAGUCCGGCCCUCAGUAGUGUCAGAGGAGCACACCGACCUCCUGGUAUCACAUCAUGCCAUCCGCCUCUUGUCGGUGGACAGCAGUCCGUCAGAGGUUCAGUUGUCUGAAAAGCAGAAACCGAAGGAGCUUUCCCGGUUUACGGGCCACGCAUCUCCAAUCCGCAUCCUGCGCUGGAGUGGUCCGUCUUGUUUCCUCUCAAUGGCGGAGGCGGAUAGAUUCGUAUACGUCUGGGAGGUUCCUGGCACACCUGGUGACGAAGGCAAGAUCGCAGCGUCGAUUCCCCUCGACUCAGAUGCACGACAUUUAUCAUUGUCGCCGUCGUCAUCAUCCUUCGUUACAGUGUCUGCUUCAGGGAAGGUCUCGGUCUUCCCAUUGUCCUCCGACAUCAGCACUCCUAGCCCCUCGAAAGCGAAGCAGAAGAUCACAACAUUGACGCCGAAGUCCACUAUCAGUGUUUCGACAAAAAAGGGCACUGGCACCGUUGAGGUUGUGGCGGCGGCAUUCAUACCCGACGAGGAGGGUCGAGUGCGAGUGGCGAGGCUGGUCAAUGGCGUCCAGCCAGCAUUUGAUGUUGUUACAUACUUUGACGACUCAGGAGACUACAUUGAGAACGUCCUCAUCUCAGACGCCGAUGCAGGAUUAGCAACCGAAGGAGAGCCGUUUAUUGGUGCACCUACGAAGCGUUAUACCGAAUCAGCAGGCCUUGCUGUCAGGUCAGGUGUCGAGCUGGGCCAAGAUGCGUCAAUGGACGAUCUUGCGAUGCGCGAUGUCGAUGGUGACCUCGAUGUAGAUCUGGCGGAGCUCAGCCUUGGCCAGAGGCUGACUGCACUUAACGGCACGAAUGGCCAAGCUGAGCGCUCAUCCGACUCCAGCGACGAAGAGCAGGAACCUGCAUCGAACGAUACACAACCUCCCUUUUCAAAACGGCGCAGAACGGUCGACACGAUCGAGGUGGUCCCUGCGAGCUCGCUGACCCGGACCCUGAUCCAGGCGCUGCACUCAUCCGAUGCUCGUCUGCUCGAAACAUGUCUUGCGCAUUCGGACGCUGCUCUGAUCCGUAACACUGUGCGCAGACUCACGCCAUCGCUGGCAGUGCCGCUCAUCACGGCAUGCGUGGAACGACUCGGAAGAGGAGCACGCGCUGCUAACAUGAAGGGCGGCGGUGGCGGUGCAAGCUCGCAGAGAGGGACGGCGUUGAUAAGUUGGGUUAAGGCUGUCCUAGCCGCCCAUAGCGGACAUCUCAUGACGAUGCCGGACCUCGUAGCACGCCUGUCAGGCUUGCACGCGACUCUCACGACUCGUCUCACACUCCAAGAUAGCCUGCUUGCGCUGAAUGGUCGUCUAGAUAUGGUGAUAUCUCAGAUCGAGCUGCGCUCGUCAGGAGCGCCGGCGCCAUUAGCCCUUCCCAAGGAUAAGCGCAAACGGCCGCAAAAACAUCGGGCGACACGAUACGUAGAGGGAGAGAGUGAGAACGAGCACGAGGAGGACAAUGAGGCAGAUAUCGCGGUCGAGGUCGACAGUGGCGAUGAAGCAGGGAGCGUGGAGGAUGUUGAGCUAGGAGGGGACGAAGAGGAGGAGGAAAAUGAGGAUAUGGACGGUGACGAAGAGGAGGAUGAGGACGAGGAUGAGGACGACGAGGAGGAAGGUGUUCCGAAAACCAAUGGCUUCAUCGACGACGAGGCGGAGGAAUAUAGCGAAGAAGAGAGCGAAGGGAGCGAGUGA